AUGGUCAUCAGCAUGGACAGGCAGGCGAUCAUCGAAACAAACCGAUCUAUUCGGAACAUUAAGAAUGAACUUGAGACCCUAGUCGAGAAGGGCCUCAUCGAGGACGAUGCCUACGAAACCAUCAUGAACCUUCUCCCCGCCGAAAGUCCUCUACACGGCGGCGGAGCGGCAGCCGCCCGGAACCGCACAGCGACCCCCGUAACCUCCGAGAAGUCGACUCCCACACCGAACCCCGAAGCAAACGUCAACCCGCCGCCAGCCUACCACCAGACCGGCCCCCCGAGCCUCCCCAUCCGAAACCAACCUCCUCAGCCCCCUGCCCCGGUCAAACCCGUACUUGCCCACGCCCGUGCGCUCUACUCCUACAACGGCCAAGAUGCGCGGGACGUCAGCUUCGAAAAGGAUGACCGCAUCGCGAUUCACGAGUACAUGAACGCCGACUGGUGGAUGGGCCGAAACUUGCGGACGGGGCAAGAGGGUAUCUUCCCCAAGAACUACGUCCUUAUCGAGGAGCCUGAGAAGACCGGAUACCCAGGGCCUGCGGCCCCUGUGAACCCUUAUAAUGCGCAGGUGCCGCCUAUGGCUGUUGCCGAGGGAAGUCAUGAGGGUGAGCCUGGAAAGGAGGGUGGAAGCAAGUUCGAGCAACAUGGCAAGAAGUUUGGCAAGAAGCUCGGUAAUGCUGCUAUCUUCGGUGCUGGUGCCACGAUAGGAAGCAAUAUUGUCAACAGCAUUUUCUAA